AUGUCUUUGUCUCUGGAAGAACUUGUCUUGGAAAUAAAGGCUAUCUAUGAGCCACUGCUCGGGAUGACUUUUGAAGGCUCUAUUCACGAGGAAAACACCCCAGCUGUGUGCACUGGAGGCCCUAGGGAUGUGGUGAAUGUUCGUGAUCAGGGAGUCAUUGGGCUGAUGGAAACUAUUGUGGAUGAGGUGGAGAGGGUUUCCAAGAAGGUUGAGCCAUACAAUAACGAGGAGAAGGUGUGGAAAGGCAUAACACCGAAAAAAGGACCAACAAAGCUGUGGGUGAAAUCCCUCAAAGAGACCUAUAAAGGGGACAGAACCACCUUUACAGUGGCCAACAUUGAGGUUCUGACAGGUCUUAACUGGCAGAAAUCCUACCGUGCCAUGGUCCAUAUCACCCUGGUCUAG